AUGUCAUUUACCUAUAUUAACGAAUUACUCAGUUCUCCUUCAACAUCUGAGUUAUUCAGUAACCCUUCAUAUCCGCUUUAUUUAUCAGUUGAAACAUUAACUAAAGCAGCUGAAAAACAAAGGUCUUCCAAACGAGCUCCUUAUUCUAUACCACGACCACCCAAUCCAUUUUUCAUCUUUAGAAAAAAUUAUACAGCAAAGAUGAAACAGGAAGCGGAGAGGUCAUCCACAACUGAUACUUCGAAAAAUGUUGGGAAGAUAUGGAAAGAACAGGGUCCUAAAGUGAAAAAACUUUUUCAAGCUUUAUCACUGUUAGCGAAAAAGAAUCAUAAUUUAAAAUAUCCCGAUUAUAAAUACCAACCCAAAUCGAAAACUCUUAAACAACUUACAUUUUGUCACGUCGAUCCGGGAACAGGAAAUAAAGAUGAAGAUAACGAAGAGGGUGAGUUAAAUAAUUGUUCUGAUGACUUUGUAUCUGAAUUUUUUUCGAACAGAAAUAAUUCGUAG